GAGACAACCUCCACUAACUGAACGCAACUCUAACACCCUAAAACCCCUUUCACUCCCCUAAAAACUGCCUCUUCGCCCCAAAACCCACCCCAAAACCUCCUCCUCUUCCUCUUCAAAACCCCAACUCACAGCCUCCUUCCUGCCUCUUCUCCCCACUGAGCCUCUGCUUCCUGCUCUACAGACUCUUGGUCUGCGAGGCUGACGCCAGCCAGGUCAGAAUUUUAAUAGAAAUUCACCUUAGUGAUUACAGUCAUGCUCAGUGACUCUUCCUGGGAAAGAACUGAGAGGGGGUUUAAGUGCAGGCUUUCUGAUGGGACUCCUGGUUCUUGAUGGUGUCCUCAUUGAAAAUGGGAUUCUGGAGUCGAGAGAGGCUGAAAAGAGGACUGAUGGGAUAGCAUGGAGAGGGUUUGGUUGAUAUAUUUAGGGAAUUAAGGGAGCAAUCGAAAAGUACUUAGUUUAACAAAAAUCAAUUUAUUCCUGUUUAGCCUAAUGCUUGUGUGAAAGGGAAAUAAGUUUAGUUAAUUAAUUGAUCAAUUAAGAACUUGGAAAGCUGAUCGCUAGCAGUUUUAAUCUAGUUCACAUCUAGCUUGACAUUCUUAUUAAAUAGCAAAGUUAAUAUAAGUAGGUGAUAAAGGAAGGUGGUAUUUUUCAGAAAGAUCUAAAACAUUCUCUUUCACUUGCCCACUAAUUUUGAAGUAAAGUAAUUUAUAAUAAAACCUUUUGGGAUACUCAAGAGGGUUAUUCAGCAGAAUUUUCUACAAAUCUCCUCUUGAAAUUAGAUUCUUCUACGAAGGUCUGACAGCUAAGAAACCCUCACCAAGAAAAGUUUGGACUAGUGUUUUCAAAAAUAUGCUCCAAAUGGCUUCUAAAACUGUAAAAAGGUUAAAUAAGAGUUGAUAACUCAAAAAAUUGCUGAAUUUUUAAAAAAGAGGAGCCAAAGCUUAUUUUCUUAAUUCAAAAUAUGUUAUCAAAAUUAUUAAACUCCACUCAAUAAAGUUGGUAAAUCGCAGAUUUCAUGCUAUGUGUAAAGGGCUCUUUCAAUCAGGCAAGGACAGAGUAUUGCAAAAUAGCCGAUUAUUUGCCAAAACCCCGACCAUUCUCCAUCCAAAAAGGAGAUAUAGCUCAAAUUGGCUGAUCAAGCAAACCGAAUAAUUGUUAAUCGCUAAUUAUUCACCACAUGUAACUUUUUAUGGAAGAAAAAAUGCAAUAUUUUUGUGUUUCAGCAGAAAAAUAAUUUCAGAAAUCAUCCAGUUCCUUAUAGCCCAAGACUGGAGCUAAUAGCUUGCUUUUACGAUGCUUAUUGAGCAGAAAAAUUUCGUAGAGAUUCUCAAUACGAAGAUUUUAUGAAGAAAGAUAAUAAUCUAACAAAAUUAUGUGGUGACCAGAAGAUGAGCCCUGGAAUGGAGACUUUAAAAGACGCACAGAGACCUUGGGGGGUACUUAUUUAUAUAUUUAUAGAGUUUUAUAACCCAAAGAACUCUGCAAAGCUGAAUUCGUUCAGAUUUCAUCUCAAAGCUGCAAUUUUUAAUAACACUUCCUGGAAGAGUUAUCAAACAAAGGAUUCUUAGUUAUGAGAGACUUAGAGGUCUUAUGGUUUAUCAGAAAAGAUGAUAGCCUUAAUUAAAAAAUUCACGGUCGUUCGCUAUCAAGAAAGCAGUGAUAAUAGCUUGCUAAUUGAUAUUCUGAGCAAUUAUGUUAUCAGCCCAAGAAUUGAACUAUCCAAAUUUCGUAUUUGGAUUAGAAAUUUUGAAUUUCCUUUCUUCAGACAAGCCGGACAGCUCUAAAGGUUAUUUAGAGCACCCAAAACAGGAAAAAGAUACGAGAAGAUACACAGAUUAGCUGGAGUGAACGGUCAACUCAUUAUUUGGAAUAUUUUUCAUAACUUGAGAAGAAAUCGGCUUUAGGUUUUCGAAUUUUUUGCUAUAAUGCUCUAAUAAUUUUAAAAAGUUGAGUUCGAAAUUUGUGAGCAGAUAAGUCCAGGUUUGCUCAAGUAAAGAUUUUUACUACCAUCCUCAGAUUAUUAUAAAGAAGUAUUAUAAAUUUUAACGAAUUUUGACUUUCAGGCACCAAAUCCUAAUUUGAAGAUGAGCAAGAUAAGCUAGCUUAUUUUUUAGAAAUUUUCACUAAAAUAGUUGAAAUCAGAGCUUUUUCGUUGAGAAAAUUGCGGAAAUUAGAGAAAAGGUACGAUUAUUUUCUUCGAAUGUUCAUCUCCCUUCUGGCUCUAUUAAAUCUGUCUAGGAGUCUAUACAUAAUCUGGUACAUAAAAACCUUUAGAAUGUUGUGAAAUGUAGUAUUAUCCUCCAUAACACUCAGGUCAUAACCCGUGCUCUGUAUCUUUGCAGUUCUCUAUCUACUUAUAAUCAUAAAACUCCGAGAAUUUCUGGAAAGAUUUUGCCUGCAUGUAUUACAGCAACAAUUCGAAAUUUCUGAGUGAGGUGAUUAAACAACUAUUUAUUUCUUGAAGCUCCAAGCAUCUUGAGUCCAACUGGUAUCUUAACUUAGGACUCCAUUGAACUUGUCUUCCCAAGGAUACGUGGGAGAACUAAUAUUUAAAGCUACCAGAUAAUAAUAAUUAAUAAAAAUUUCAAAACAAGAUGAUGAAUUCUUUUGCCAUCCAAAACAUGCCUAUGACAUACUAUGGACCUUAUUGCUCUGAUCUUCUCGAGUGUAUAAACCAAUUCUGUUGGGGGUGAGAGACUCCAGCUCUGGCAUCUUCUGACAGCUCUUCACCUUGAAAGGUGACUGAGAGAAAAACUACUAUUGGAGAUCUCAGUAUUCUUAGUGAUCCUCAAGAAUGUUUCCCUACGAAGCAAAAGGCAAGCAAAAUCAACAAGAAGCCUCUUCCAGACAUUUCAGAAAAUCUCACUAUGAUACUCAAAAUGAUUGACAGUUUUAAGGAAGUGAGCUUUAGAUCUGCCACCAAGAGCUCCAGAGGUCUUCACAAUGGUGCCUCUUCAAGACGCUCCCAAUACAUUGGUGUCCUUGGAAAUGGGAAGCGCUGGCAAGUUCUCAUCAAUGUAGCCAGCAAGAAGAAGUACAUUGGAACCUACUGAAACGAGAAAGAAGCUGCAAUUACUCAUGACUUGUACUCCAUUGGAAUCAAAGGACUCUCUGCUAAGACGAACUUUGACUAUGAUUCAUUCACUUUGAGAGACAUGAUUGUGAGCUACUUCACUAAUUCAUCAACCUUCAGGCCAUCGCUGUUCACCUCCAGGAUAUAAUGGGGCUGACGAUAUUCUCAAGUAUCCAUCUUAUCCUUUAUUUAGCCAAGUCGGUAAUCUUAUUCAACAAGUUUUGAUAG